AGAAAGCUCUCGGCUUAUCGCCUGACGGCAAAAGGGUGAUUUCCCGCUGUCCCCCAUCUCCUAGACCAGCCUUAGAAACUUUUGCCUCUUUUUGCUCACGUGCCUCUACUCGCACUCCUAAAAGAAGGGCAGAGGAGAUGGCCGUUGAGAAUGUAAGAAGAAAUCGGCGUCUAGUUUCACUGGGUAAUAGACGCGGUGGUAUUGCUGCUGCCGUCUCAACAAGGAAAGAAGAUGAACCGGCUUCUAAGCGUUCUAAGGCCGACACUCAAGAGCCAAAGGCCACUUCGCCCCCCAAAGCUUUUGUUCCUGAACAGGUGGUUUCGGCAACAACCAAUAUAAAUGCCGAGAAGGUACCUGCUCCGAACUCUGCUGAGCCCCAACAGGUCGACCCUGUCAACUCCGACAUAAGUAUUCCUGGCAUUACCUAUCGGGGUGGUCAAUGGAUCAAACAUGUUGAAGGUAAGAUUCCGGAUGAGGUCUUAGAGAGAGUAAGGGCUCCAGAGGGUCGUUCCCGUGACCAAUGGCGGCCCGAAAUGGACGUCUUUCGGAAUGAGUCCAUUUUUACUGACGAUCCUCUACGGGGUGGAAAUUUGGGAUAUCGGCUUCUGCGAAAUGUUUCCACUCCGGUUGACAGGCCAUCUGGACUUAUCAGCCCUGUCGCUGCUCAGCAUAUGCAUGAUCUGAUGAGGCUACGCAGUUAUCGUCUUACUUUAUGCUUUUAUUAUUAUUUCUAUUUUUCAUUUUACGCUAAUAUACAUAUUUUUAUAUUUUAUAUAUCUUAUAUAUGUAUAGGCAGUUGCUUCCGGAAUAGAGUUGGUCGAAAUGUAUAGAUUCUACCAAGAAAAAUAUCACCAGAACAUAUCUAACCAAAAAUCUCUGGAGACAGCAUUGAAGAAUGCCGAGAAAGCCCUUGACGGAAUUAAGCUAAUAAAGACUAAAGAUGAUGCUGAGUUAAAAUCUCUGCGCGAGAAAUUUGAUAACAUGAAGAAUCUUAAAGAAGAGAUAAAGGACUUGAAAUCUCAGCUUCAAGAGAAGAAUGUCGUUGUCAAUUAACUUUUUGCUGUGAAAAAUGACCUUUCUAAUGCCAAGGCAACCAUCAGUGAUCUGGAGGCUAAGCUUCAAAAAAUGGAAGCCGAAAAACCUAGAGUGCGUCAGAGAGCUGUUAGCCGUUAUAUAUCAUCGGCAGAAUUUUGCAGCAAACUGCAAGAUCGCUUUGACAGUGGGUGGACUGCUGCUCAGAGAUGUGCCGCUCACAUUAUCGGCUUGAAGAAAGACGAUUGGGCAAAAAUUGAGGAGGCGUUUGGUAAUGAUGCUCAUAAAACACCUUCUGGAUUUGAGCAGCAGAAGUUUUCAGAUGAAGAUAUUCUAAAUCUCGCUCCUUCUGUCGAUGCCGGCAUCUCUAACUCCAAAAUUUUAGACUCUCCUAAGCCUGAGAACAAACUAGCUUAAAAGGGCAGGCAGUCAUCACCAGCGUCAUCUUGCGGCUCUUGUGUUAUAGGGCCUUAUCUACUUUAGUCUAUGUUAUCUUUAUAUUUUUUGAAAAAAACUAUGCGUUUUUGACAAUGCUAUUUUAUCGGCAUAUACCCUUUUGUGGUGAUGCCUGUCGAUCCAGUUUAGCUUUUCCAAAACAUCGUUUCUUUUGCAACAUUAUGUCUGUUUUGGGGUUUUUUGUACGUACCCGAAUGGAGGGUGUGUACGUCCCUCGGGAGACAGAUUUGCAAUGCAACACUCAAACGACCCGAUCACCUGCAAAACAACGGACCCCGGGGGGCCGGAGGUCCGCCUCCUACGAUCAAGUCAGUGACCGAAAUAAUGUAUUUUAGAGAGAGAAGGGAGAGUAAAUGUGGGGGGCAUUGCCCUUGGAGAGAGAAUUGGAUCCCCCGAAACUGAUGUAAAGAUCAGUAUUUAUAGAGCAUUGGGAUAUGUUCCUCUUAGGUUAUUUAACCUAAGUAGAUUGGCUUCCCAUCAUUUUACGGUUUCUAGGGUUGUGGGCUUAGAGCCCAUUUUCACCCUUCUUUCAUUGAGUGACACGUGUCAUGCUCUAAUUGGCUCAUUGAGCGCCGAGCUUGCGGACAGGUGUCGCGGUGGCAUUGGUCCACAUAUAGGGGGUAUUUUUAUCCCAAACAAUGUCUGUAUAAUUUCAAUACAUUUAUGUUUUUAUGUAAUUUCAGU